GCAUUGAACAAUCAUCUGCUGCGAACUCGGACAAGACGAAAAGCAGACCGGAAGUUUACAACUACCCAGCCAACAAGCUAACAGUUAGCUAGCACUUCCCUUCAGUUCACCGACCGUCGAGAAAACCUCCCUUAUAACGAACGAAGGGAAAAGAUGGUUUGUGAAAAAUGCGAGAAGAAGCUCGGUAAGGUCAUCACCCCUGACACCUGGAAAGAUGGAGCUCGGAACACAACAGAGGGUGGCGGGCGUAAGCUGAAUGAAAACAAGAUGCUGACUUCUAAGAAGGCCAGGUUUGACCCUUACAGCAAGACAGGCUUCGCUACCUGCAGGAUCUGCAAGAGCUCAGUUCAUCAGUCUGGAUCACACUACUGCCAGGGCUGUGCGUACAAGAAAGGAAUCUGCGCAAUGUGCGGAAAGAGAGUUUUGGACACAAAGAACUACAAACAGACGUCGGUGUGACAGCGUGUCGAGAAGAGAACUGUUCUACAAGUGCAGAACGGAUGUGAUGAUGAGAUGGGGGUGGCUGUCAUCUUGACACAUUUUGUUUAUUUUUCCAUAAAUACUUGUUGUAAAUCUUUAUUGUUAUUUUCCCAAUCUCAGUGAAAGAGAAACAUUUGGAGUUGGUCUUAUCUCCUUAUUGUAGAAUAUUAUAUCAAGCUACUGGAACUACUUCAGUGGCCAUACGCAGGGUAGCCCUGUCCUCUCCAGUCACACCACCAGUUAUCACCUGUUUAUGAGCCAUGGCUUCUUGUUUGUAAUUUUUUGUAUUUUAAAUUAAAUACUUUGACCUUUGCUUUUUAACAAUAA